AUGUCUGCUGCAGACACCUCCACUUACAUACCAGAGUUCGCCUCCCUCGUCCUGUAUUGUCGUGCCGAAGUAGCGGUCGUAGCGUUCCUCGUGUACGAGUAUGUCAUCACCCUCGACCAAGAACUGGCCCUUUUCUGGCGCCGCAAGAAGACUGGCGCGACAUGUUUGUUCCUUGCCAACCGCUAUCUAACGUUACUAUGCUUUGCAUGGCUCGGCUCCGCAACAUUUGCCACCAUGUCCGAUCAGAAGUUGCAGGUAGUCCAAUACACCAUCACUUCCUUUCAGUACCUACCCACUGCCGUGUUCUCUGGUCUACGUGCCCUCGCGCUCAGCGGAAUGAACUGGCCGCUCGGGGUUUGCGUAUCUGUCCUCGCCGCGAGCCCAUUCUUCGGGUCAAUGUGGGAGCUCUCCCUGGGAAUUACCGGGUCGAACCAGCCACCGUUCGGCUGUGGUGGAGGGAACAACACAACGCCUCGGCAGCAAUUAAUUCGUGAGCGCAGCGCAUGUAUCAUCACUGCGGACAUCAUCGUCAUCAUCGUGACAUGGUGGUACUCAUUCAAGACCCAUGGGACAUUCACAACGCGCCGCGACGGAACGCGUUCACACCUCGCGGAUAUCCUGUCCAUCAAUGGCGAGUGGACCAUAUACUUCUUGCUCUUCAUGGUGCUCAACACUGUCCAGCUAGCCUUCAAUCUUGUCUCCUCUGUCUACGCGCUGGAGAAUAUCGGCGUAGUUAUCUCCUUCGUGGCCCCCCUGCAGGCCGUCAUGACGUGCCGCUUCAUGAUCGCACUGCAGUCUGCGGAUCGGCGCGUCGUCGGUGGCGGGGCAGCUUCCGGAGCUAACGCAGAUGGGCAAGACACCGGCGCUGACGGCGUACACACGCUUCGGUUCGCGUCGCGCGUCGUAGGUUCCAUCGGCGGUGACAUAGGAGCUAGCUACCUCGGAACCGCGGACGAGUACGACGAAGAUCAGGUCGACGACGAGGAUGUACCCGAAGGGGUCCCAGAGUGUCUCGCGCAAGAACAACUUGAAGCAUACGCCGAAGACCGCGGCUCAGCGUGCUCGGGAGCAAAGGAUCAUAACCCACGAUCUCAUGUCGAUGUCUUGGAGGUUUGA